ACUUCGUCACGUACCGUGGGCCGACUAUGGUGGCGAACACGCUCCAUGCGGCUGCGAUUCUGCUGAGGGAAGGUGGUGAUUGGGAUUGGUUCAUCAAUCCCAGCGCAUCUGAUUACCCUCUCGUCACACAAGGAUGGGAUCUCAACUUCAUUGAUCAUACCAGCAACCGAAUGGAUAUACAACAGCCAUUCGGUUGACAUAAGGCUGAAAAUUACAAAAGAGAAAGAAGAAAGGCACUAGGCUGGGACAGUAUGAGAUGAUGAGGAAAAGAAAUAGAUGAAAAGUUUGAAAUAAAGAGAAGCAAGCAUGUGUUGGAUGGAGCAAGAGAAGGUAUUGAGAUUGUUGAAAAAGCUUAAAAUACGAAAGAAACACAAGCAGAGAAAGAGGAUCAAGCUUAAUGCUUUGGUGAUACUGAUAGUUACCAAGAUGAGAGAAGAGAAAUGGUCGAGGUACUCAAAGGCCAAUCUGGUUAAAUUGUUCAGAUAAAUGGGGUUUACUGCGUUUCAAAAAAAGUCAGCGGCUACAUAUGGUGGAAGAAGUGAUCACUGUUAUUGCCGCUGGAAACCAUUGUAUCUACUCUUGCAGGGAAAUGAAGGAUCUGAACGUGUGAUAUGUUGCGAAUAGGACGAGUUCAGGGCAGAACCAUUUGAGAAAUCCAAGUUCAUGAUCUUCACCAAGACCACCGGAGCUGAUACUUUGUUCAUCACACCAUACUGCCCAUUCAAGACACUAGAGGAGAUAUGCUUUGUGGAUCACAAUAAUGGCGGAGAAGUUAGCUGUGGCGAGGAAGGGGGAGCAUGAUCAAGAACUUGUGUUGCUACUUGAUGCAAAAUUCUGUGCAUGGAAUUUACUAUGCGACUUGACUCAUAAGCUCUGAAGUCUGAAGUCUUGAGCAGUGCACAUGUGGUCAUUCUAGAGAAGCUUGUGAUUUUUCUGAAACAUGGAGGCUAUCAGAAAGGAUCAUGCAACUAGUACUAAGCAGAAUAACAUUGUCUCUUCUCGAAGAUCCCAGUUCUUGUAACGCACUGAGAGGCAUAUAUGUGAAGGUCUACAACAUCAAGGAAAAUGGGAUCGUGGGGAAACAUGAAGACUCAUAUUGCAGGGGUUGUUUCAGAUUUUAGUUGUUCUCUUACUUACUUGAGACAGCUGAUAAGUCUGAACUGUGUAUGGAAAGGGGGUAGAGACAAUGAGGAACCUUUACAAGGCAGGUGUUGGUUGUGGUGGAAAACUCUUCCGCACAGGUUCAAUUCUCAAAAUCAAAACAAGAAGACAAUACAACGCUAUCACAUGGGGGGUUCAAGGCGUGGGCUAUAUAUCCAAGAUGAUAAGUGCUCCAAACAGUCACUUGGCUUCAACCUUGAUUUUAGAAAAUCCAAUUUUAUAUGAUGAAAAAGGAUAUAACAAACAAAAAAAAAAACAAAAAUUAGAAAAACGUGAUAAUUGGAAAAAAAAAAAAAAUUGGGGCAACUAAUUGGAAAUUUAUCUACUAGUAUAAAAACUGCGCUUUGUGUUCUCUGUCAAGAAAAAAAAAAAAAAAACACGCAGCGGCUCAAUUCUAUCGUCAAGCUCAGGGCUUUUGGUCCUUCCUCUGACGUUGUGUCGAUACUAAAAUUUGGCUGGUAAUUUUCAUGAGGGAUUCAAUCAGCAGUUUGCCAGAUGAGAUUCUCGGCAAAAUCCUGUCUCUAGUUCCGACAAAAGUGGCUGCUUCCACAUCGGUUCUGUCCAAGAGGUGGAGGAAUCUGCUGUCUCUCGUAGACAGCCUUUGUUUUGAUGAGUCGAUGGUUGUCUAUCCCAACGAAGAAGAAGCAGAAAACGGUUCACAACGCUUCUCUGAUUUCGUUGAAAAGACACUUGCUCUGCUACACAACUCUCCCGCCAUCAAGACAUUCUCUCUGUGUCGCGUGGUUAUGACUAAGAGUUACGAAGAUGAAAACGCCCGCGUCAACCGUUGGAUUUGGACUGCAAUGGAAAAAGGUUUAUUGGAACUACACUUGUACGCCCCUACCCGUGUUGGGUCUGAUCUUUGGAUAGAAUUAGAACCUAGGUUGCUAAGGAGUAACACGCUAGUUAAGCUCACAAUCGCCGGUCAUUAUAACAUUUAUGAUACUCCGAAUGUGUAUUUCCCAGCCCUCAGAUCACUUUAUCUGAUGCUGUUAGCGCUUGAUCUUGAUCGCUUUGGAGAAAUCCUCGAUGCUUGUCCUGUGCUGGAAGAGUUAACCAUACGCUAUGGGGAUUAUUAUUCAGAUGUGGCGGUAAUUUCGGUUGGUACGGUUGUGGAACAUGCAUCGAUCAAGCGUCUUGUUAUUGUUACGGAUCUUCCUGAUCAUGCAGACUACUAUGUCUCGUCAGAAUACUUCGAUAUUGCUAUUGAUACAGUUCGUUUCCAAGCACCGAGUCUUGUCUACCUUGACUAUUCUAGUUUUGUCUAUCAAGAGUAUGAUGUUGAUGAUUUGGAUUCUCUUGUCGAAGCAAGGCUGAGUCUCAAGUUAUGGAUGUCAACUAGUCAUUAUGAUUACGAUGAUAAUUAUUAUUACGUUUAUGAUGGUUCUCUUCCUGAUGUUGAUGAUCCAAGCCCGCCUAUAUUCGGUGAUGUUACAGGUCUAGUUGCGGCUAUAAGAAACAUUACGACCCUUCACUUGUCUCCUGAUUCCCUUGAGGUGUUCCAUUUCUGCUGUAAAUCCAUGCCUAUGUUCAACAACCUUCUAAAUUUGUCUAUUGAGAGUAACAAGCAAAAUGGCUGGCAAGUAAUGCCACUUCUGCUCAAGUCUUGUCCAAUUCUACAAACUUUACUCUUCAAGGGUAUUGUUCACAAAGUAACAAAUAGAUGCGGAGAUGCAUGCGUUUGCAGUCCAAGACAGAAAAAGAGGAAGAUGAUGGUUGUGAAAAAGAAGAAGGAAGAAUGUUGUCUACGGACAUGUCGAGUGAAGGUGCUAGAGAUUUCAGACUAUGGAGGUCGUCGUCCAGAGUUGAAACAGAUGAGACAUUUCUUGGGAAAUUUGGAAUGUCUUGAAACUGUUAAAGUUGGUGUUGACCCGGACAAGAAUAGUGAGUUCGUGCGAGCUAAUCUAAUGACUCUUCCCAAACUUUCAUCAAAGUGCACCAUUCAGUUCAUCUAACCUUGUUAUGUGAUAACAUAUUAUUAUCUCUUUCAUAUUGGUUACAUUAUUUGUUUUUGAAAAUACAUAAAGAUUUAUUCUGUUGCAUUUGUUUGAUCAAAAAUAUAUCUUUAUCAUUUACAUUAUAUGACGAUGGUGGCUACAACCAAGGCCUUUUGUCU